AGCUGAUGUUUUUUGCACUCUGUCUCCAGACCCAUUUGAACCUGUACCCUGCUCCAGUGAGGGUGAAGGAGAUACAGAGUGAGCAAAGGAUACUGUAAAAAGGAAGCAUCAUGAGUGGCUCUUCAACUAGCAUGAGGCUGCGGCUGCCACUGAUAUGCAUUAUCUUAGAGGUCAUCCUCAUCAUCCUCUUUGGAACGCUGGUGGAGUAUAACGAUGACACCGAUGCCAAGCACUGGAAUGAAAAUGGAAAACAUAACGAAUCUCAACACGAAAAUGAGUUCUACUAUCGUUAUCCCAGUUUCCAGGAUGUACAUGUGAUGAUCUUCAUCGGUUUUGGGUUCUUGAUGACGUUUCUUCAGCGUUAUGGAUUCAGUAGUGUCGGAUUUAACUUCCUCGUCGCAGCCUUUUCCCUUCAGUGGGCCACACUUAUGCAGGGCUUUGUACACGGCUUGCACCAUGGCAAGAUCCACGUUGGGGUUACAAGUAUGAUAAAUGCAGACUUCUGCACUGGUUCUGUGCUGAUUUCUUUUGGUGCCGUUUUGGGGAAGACAAGUCCCGUGCAACUGCUUGUUAUGGCCAUUUUCGAGGUGACAUUGUUCGCUAUCAAUGAGCACAUCCUGAUUGCUAUCCUUGGGGCUAAUGACGCUGGUGGGUCCAUGACCAUCCAUACAUUUGGUGCAUACUUUGGCCUGGUGGUGACCCGUGUACUGUAUAGGCCCAACCUGGAUAAGAGCAAACACAGGAACUCAUCAGUCUACCACUCUGACCUCUUUGCCAUGAUUGGUACCAUUUACCUGUGGAUGUUCUGGCCCAGCUUCAACUCAGCCAUUACUAAUUAUGGGGACCCACAGCACAGAACUGCCAUGAACACUUACUACUCUCUGGCUUCAUGCACACUUGCUACAUUUGCCUUCUCUGCCCUAGUCAACCCAGAGGGCAAAUUGGACAUGGUGCACAUCCAGAAUGCUGCUCUGGCAGGUGGUGUUGCUGUAGGAACAGCUGGAGAGAUGAUGCUGACUGCAUUUGGCUCCAUGAUCGUGGGAUUCCUGGCUGGAACUAUCUCAGUACUAGGAUACAAAUACCUCACGCCGGUUUUGGAGGAGAAACUGAAGAUUCAGGACACGUGUGGCGUUCACAACCUUCAUGGAAUGCCGGGGGUUCUUGGAGCUGUGGUUGGUGCCGUCACUGCUGCUGUUGCAUCCAAGGAUGUGUAUGGAGAUGGAUUGAAUAGAGUGUUCGGCGCAAGUGAAUCUAAUGACUGGACUCCAGCUUUCCAUGGUGGGAGGCAGGCUAUAUCUCUGGCUGUCACACUAGGAAUGGCUCUCAUUGGUGGGCUAAUAACAGGAUUCAUUUUGAAGCUACCGAUCUAUGGUGCACCUCCAGAUACACACUGCUUUGAGGAUGCAGUCUACUGGGAGGUACCGGGGGAGGAGGAAAGUCACAAUGAGCUCACUGAAGUGAGCACACCAAACGAAAUGGAAAAACUCAACAGCUAAAUUACUUGCUCUUUGAUACCGGUUUGUGUGUUUGCUUAUGUUCAUGUCAUGUUCACAUGUUCACAUCAAAUCACAAAGUACCAUCACUGGUGGUGUUCUCUGUGGGUUAUUUUACUUAUGUUCUUAAAAUGAAACCGCAAACUCUGUUUCAAUGUUAUUAUUAUUUUCAUUAUAUGUUUUUAUAUUAAAAAUUUCAUUAUUAGCCAAGUUGAAUGUUGAAUAAACGUUGAGAAUGUGCUACGCUAAA